CUCCAACAUACCUUUAAAAUCCGUCUGUCGGCAUAACACGAUCUCACCAUUAUGCAAAACAAAUUUCCCCACAUUUACUUCACCCUGCGGGACCGUCCCGUGCCAUACCCGCCUGCACUCAAGAAUGGGUGGCUUGGAUAAGUGUUUCCCGAUAUCGCCAGGCGGGGUAGCACAAUUGGUCUAUGUUCGUGUCCAACUUCGCACUCCGGUGACUAUUGCUCUAGAAAGCUCGCAGCUUCUAUGGCAAUCUCCAUUCGGAUGGAUGAAUGGUGGUGGGGCGAUCGCUGUGGUUUUUCGAUCGCUGCAGAGAAUCCUCCGAUUUUUGAACCGAAGGGUAAGGGUCGGUGCCAUUCUGGAGAGGGGAAGUUCUGUGGAGGAGGGAUUUGAUUGGUGUUUUGGGCCAAUAGUGUGAGAGUGAUGUGGAGGGAGUGUGCCUACGCGCAAGUUCCCGUGACGUCGUGGAUGGCGGGCUGGCGAGUGGAGGUUGGUAUAAGUAGGCCCGGUUCCUCCGGUCAAGAGGCAGUCCAGCAGGCCCAAACCAAGUACAGUACCACUAUUGCGCCGCAGCACACUCCCAACAAAUCUUACAAUGCACCUCACUUCUACAAUCUUACUCACCCUCGGAGCACUGAUCGGCAAUGCCCAAGCCGUCGUAAAAGCCCUCGACCUCUCCUCGCCGCGGGGAACUAGCGUGUGGACCUGUGUGCAACGCCAAUCCUUCCUAAAAGCUGUACCCCGACUAUACCAAGAAGCCUGCCUCCUUGGCGGCCGCAUAGAUCCAAACUUCAUAACAAGCUACAAUCAAAUUCGCGCCUCGGGAAUCACGAACAUCGAUGGCUACUUCUUCCCAUGCACGGGCUUCUGGCACGACUGCAAAUCCCCGCAACAACAAGUGGACGAGAUAGUAUACUUCCUCGUGGCAGAGGACAUCUCGGUGAAGCGUUUAUGGCUGGACUUGGAACCUCCAAGUCCGAAUUCCCCAUGUCAGGGGUGGAACUACGGCACUGCGCUGAAUAUUGCCCUCGCCACGGAGUUUGUCACAGCUAUUAAGGCUACGGGGCUGGAGUGGGGGAUCUAUGCGAAUGGGAAUCAGUGGGCGACCAUGUUUGGCUCCAGGAGUGUGGAUAUCGCGAGCGAUUUGCCCCUUUGGGCCGUGCAGUGGGAUGGGGUCCCUACGCUUGGGAGCGUUACUACCUUCAUGGGUGGGUGGACUAGGGCGUUUGCAAAGCAGUAUGGGAAGAGUACCGGUGGGUGUGCACCGGCCGGGGCGUUUGAUUUGAAUGUUUUUACAGAAUAGACAGGGAGGUGGUGGAUCGAGUGAGUUGUUGUGAUGGUUACAAGGGGUGGAGUUGUGUGUUGGAAAUGGUUCUGCAAAAUUGAGCCUGUGCAGGCUCCUCAGCCAAGGCUCAUCAAGUUACUUGCCCUGUGCUAGGUAGAUCGGUUA